GAUGGCCACUCUUCUUCUAAAGAGGCUAACGUUGCAUACCGUAAAGACUGGAAAUAAUUGCAUUAGAUGUCCUGGUACAUACACCCUGCACCAGACCGCACCAGCACGGCCGUCCCUCCGAGCUUCUGGCCCGAGACUGUCCUGCCCGAUUCACGCAAAAGCUUUCGGUACUGUUGCAGACACCCAGGACGAGAGGAAGAAGAAAAAGAAGAAUGAACCAGCUCUUAGCAACAUCGGAAGAAAAAUUCACGAGCGGGUUAUUCACGUGCUGGAUGAGGCGGGCAACGACUUGGGCAACAUGCACCGAGCAGACGUGAUCAGGCUCAUGAACGAGCGGGACCUGAGGCUCGUGACAAGGGACAGCGGCGCGGAGCCCCCGCAGUACCAGCUCCUGACGGGGGCACAGAUCCACGAGGAGCGCCUGCGACUCCGGGAGCUGGGAAAGGCCCACCCGAAACCCGGCCCUACCCUGACAAAGGAGCUAACUUUUUCUUCAAAUAUUGGACGACAUGAUUUGGACACAAAGAGUAAACAGAUUCAGCAAUGGAUUGAGAAAAAAUACAGAGUUCAAAUUACUAUAAAGAAAGGGAAGAACGUAGAGCCAGAAAAUAAAAUGGAGGAGAUAUGUAAUCAAAUACUCCAAACUAUGCCCGGAAUAGCUACCUUCUCAACCCGCCCACAACCUGUUAGGGGAGGGAAAGCUGUAAUGUGUGUUCUUCGUCAUUUAAGCAAAAAGGAAGAGAAUGCAUAUAGAGAAACCCAAGGAGCCCAGAAAGAGGACCCUUUGAACAAAGAAAAUGGAAACAACAGAGAAUCAGAUGUUGUGCAUCCGUGA